AUGACUGAAAACAGUUUGAUUUACGCAGCUCUGUCUGCUUUGGUUGCUGCCCUGGUUGGUUUCUAUCUUCUGUCGCCCAAGGAGCGCAAGGUUCUGAAGGCCGACCGGUUCCAGGAGUUCCCAUUGAUCCAAAAGACCAUCGUGUCCAAGAAUUCCGCUAUCUUCAGAUUUGGACUUCCAAGACCAACAGACGUUCUGGGAUUGCCUGUUGGCCAGCAUAUUUCCAUUGGCGCCGAUAUCGGCGGCAAGGAGAUUGUCCGCUCGUACACUCCAAUGUCCUUGGACGAGGAUUGCAAGGGCUACUUUGACCUGUUGAUCAAGGUUUACGACAAGGGUAACAUCUCCAAGCACGUUGACGGGCUCGAACUGGGCGAAUGUAUCCGUGUGCGUGGGCCAAAGGGAUUCUUCACCUACACCCCGAACAUGGUGAGAGAGUUUGUGAUGGUUGCAGGAGGAACAGGCAUCACUCCAAUGUACCAGAUCAUCAAGGCCAUAACCAACAAUCCAGAAGACCGCACCAAGGUGACUCUUUUGUAUGGAAACGUGACUGCCGAGGACAUUUUGCUCAAGGCAGAGCUCGAUCUGAUCGAGAAGGAGUUCCCUAACAUCAAGGUGGUUCAUGUUCUCAACAACGCUCCGGAAGGGUGGACCGGUGAAGUCGGUUUUAUCACCAAGGACCUGUUGCAAAAACACGGUGCUGCGGCCGCAGACGACGUCCAGGUGCUCCUAUGUGGACCUCCACCAAUGACCAGUGCAUUGAAGAAAGCAGCCAACGAGCUGGGCUUCAGAAAGGCCAAGCCGGUGUCCAAACUCGGCGACCACAUCUUUGUGUUUUAA